GCUGCCAGCCGGAGCAGCGGCAGCGGCGGGAGGGAGGCGCAGCCCGGCGAACCCAGCUCCGCUGCCCGUCGGCUCUCUCCCCGCGGAGGUUGGGGACCUGCUGCGGGGUGAUGGAGGAGCAUGGGUACCCUUCCUAUAGCGCCCGCAGCCCCGCCUGGGAGGAGCUGGAGUCCGGGAAGAUGGCCGGGGCCGAGUCGGGGAUGAGCGGCGCCGGGAUCCCGCUGCAGCCCCAGCCCCAACCCCCGGCGGCGGCGGCGGGGCCGGCGGACGAGUCGUCGGACAGCGAAGGGGAGCACGAGGGCCCCCAGAAACUCAUCCGGAAAGUGUCCACCUCGGGCCAGAUCCGCAGCAAGACAAGUAUAAAAGAAGGAUUACUACUGAAGCAAACCAGCUCUUUUCAGAGGUGGAAAAAGCGUUAUUUCAAACUUCGAGGUCGUACUCUUUACUAUGCUAAGGAUUCAAAGUCUCUAAUAUUUGAUGAAGUUGACCUGUCAGAUGCCAGCGUAGCUGAAUCAAGCACAAAAAAUGUCAACAACAGCUUCACGAUAAUCACUCCAUUUAGGAGGCUAAUAUUGUGUGCUGAGAACAGAAAAGAAAUGGAGGACUGGAUAAGCUCUCUAAAGUCCGUUCAGUCCAGAGAACACUAUGAGACCGCACAGUUUAAUGUGGAACAUUUCUCAGGGAUGCAUAACUGGUACGCCUGCUCCCACGCCCGACCCACCUUCUGUAACGUGUGCAGAGAGAGCCUCUCUGGAGUCACUUCUCAUGGCCUGUCUUGUGAAGUGUGUAAGUUUAAAGCACAUAAAAGAUGUGCUGUCCGAGCAACAAAUAACUGCAAAUGGACUACAUUAGCCUCAAUUGGAAAAGACAUCAUUGAAGAUGAAGAUGGUAUAGCGAUGCCUCACCAGUGGUUAGAGGGAAACCUGCCCGUCAGUGCCAAAUGCGCCGUCUGCGACAAGACUUGUGGCAGCGUUCUGCGCCUGCAAGACUGGAAGUGCCUUUGGUGUAAAGCUAUGGUUCACACGGCCUGUAAAGAUCUGUACCCUCGUAAAUGUCCACUUGGCCAAUGUAAGGUAUCGAUCAUCCCUCCAACAGCACUAAACAGUAUAGACUCCGAUGGUUUCUGGAAAGCCACAUGCCCGCCAUCCUGUGCCAGUCCUCUUUUAGUUUUUGUUAACUCAAAGAGUGGAGACAAUCAGGGAGUAAAGUUUCUUCGUCGAUUCAAACAGUCGUUAAAUCCAGCUCAGGUCUUCGAUUUAAUGAAUGGAGGACCUCACUUAGGUUUGCGGUUAUUUCAGAAGUUUGACAACUUCAGGAUUCUUGUGUGUGGUGGCGAUGGAAGCGUGGGUUGGGUCUUGUCAGAAAUUGAUAAGCUCAGCUUGCACAAGCAGUGUCAGUUAGGAGUGUUACCCCUUGGUACUGGAAAUGACCUUGCUCGUGUCCUUGGUUGGGGAGGAUCCUGUGAUGAUGAUACGCAACUUCCUCAGAUUUUGGAAAAACUAGAACGAGCCAGCACGAAAAUGUUAGACAGGUGGAGUAUAAUGUCAUAUGAACUGAAAUUACCAGCAAAGCCUUCUAUUCUUCCUGUGACUGCAGAAGAGUCAGAGGAGUGCCAGAUAUCUGCUUAUGAGGAUUCAGUUGCUGCUCAUCUUGCAAAAAUUCUCAAUUCUGAUCAGCAUUCAGUUGUCAUAUCAUCUGCCAAAAUAUUAUGUGAAACUGUAAAGGACUUUGUGGCCAAAAUAGGGAAGACUUACGAAAAACCAAUGGAGAAUGCAGAGGAAGCUGAUGCCAUGGCCAUUAAAUGCUCAGAGUUAAAUGAAAAGCUGGACCUAUUGCUCCAGGCUCUUCACACAGAAGCCCAGGCUGCUCCCAUUCUCCCAGGCAUUGCUCCCCCCAUCGUGGAAGAAGAACCAGAGGAGUUCUCAAGUGAAGAAUCCUUGUCUGAAAGUAAAGAGCAAUUAGCAGAGUGUGUCUCAAAGUCUUCCCAGAAGCUCUUCAAACCAAGGCAACAGUUAAUGCUCCGAGCAAACAGCUUGAAGAAGGCUGUGAGGCAGAUCAUUGAACAAGCAGAAAAAGUUGUGGAUGAGCAGAAUGCUCAUAGUGAAGAACAAGUGAACCAGUCUCCAGUAGAAUACAGCAAAGAAUUGGAUGAAUCCAAAGAAGAGGAAAAAGAGGAAGAUACAAAGGAACUUGAGUCUCCAUCAACUAAAACUGCACCAAGAUCUCCUGAUAGACGUACAAGCCGAGGUAUCCAUUCUCAGACAGGGUCUUUCUCUGCUUCAACUUUGGCAGCAAGCAAGGAAAACCUCCCAGUACUUAACACGAGGAUUAUCUGUCCAGGUUUAAGGGCUGGUCUAGCUGCUUCCAUUGCAGGAAGUUCAAUUAUUAGCAAAAUGUUGCUAGCAAACAUCGAUCCAUUUGGUGCUACGCCGUUUAUUGACCCGGAUCCAGAUUCCUUGGAGGGAUAUUCAGAAAAAUGUGUCAUGAACAACUAUUUUGGAAUUGGGUUAGAUGCAAAAAUUUCACUAGAAUUUAAUAACAAGCGAGAAGAGCACCCUGAAAAAUGCAGAAGUCGGACGAAAAACAUGAUGUGGUAUGGAGUUCUUGGCACAAAAGAGCUAUUGCAGAGAACUUACAAGAACUUAGAACAAAAAGUUCAACUUGAGUGUGAUGGACAGUACAUCCCCCUUCCAAGCCUGCAGGGCAUAGCUGUGCUAAACAUUCCCAGCUAUGCUGGUGGGACUAAUUUCUGGGGUGGAACCAAAGAAGAUGAUAUAUUUGGAGCUCCAUCAUUUGAUGAUAAAAUCUUAGAAGUUGUUGCUGUAUUUGGCAGCAUGCAAAUGGCAGUGUCCAGAGUCAUCAAACUGCAGCACCACAGGAUAGCUCAGUGUCGGUCAGUAAAGAUCACCAUACUUGGUGAUGAAGGGGUUCCAGUGCAAGUCGAUGGAGAGGCAUGGAUCCAGCCCCCGGGAGUUAUUAAGAUCAUACAUAAAAACAGAGCUCAGAUGCUAACACGAGACAGAGCCUUUGAAAACACCCUGAAGUCUUGGGAGGACAAACAGAAGUAUGAUUCCUGCAAACCUGUCAUUCGAUCUCCCUUGUACCCUCAGCAAGCUGUUGAGCUGGCUACAGAAGAAGAAGUUGCACAGAUCCAGUUGUGCUCACAAGCUGCAGAAGAACUUAUUACCAGGAUCUGUGAAGCAGCAAAAGUACACGGCCUCUUGGAGCAGGAGCUUGCUCAUGCUGUUAAUGCAUGUUCACAUGCAUUAAAUAAAGCCAACCCAAGGUUUCCUGAGAGUCUUACCAGAAACACUGCCAUGGAGAUAGCUGUCAAUGUGAAGGCCUUGCACAACGAAACAGAAUCUCUGCUAGUAGGAAGAGUUCCUUUGCAGUUAGAGGCUCCCCAUGAAGAACUGUUGUCUGAUGCUUUGCACAGUGUGGAAAUAGAGUUGAGAAAACUUGCUGAGAUUCCUUGGCUUUAUUAUGUUUUUCAACCAAAUGACGAUGAGGAUCCCCCUCUGGAUUAUGCUAAAAGAAACAAUAGAAGUACAGUGUUUCGUAUAGUGCCAAAGUUUAAAAAAGAAAAAAUUCAGAAGCAUAAGACCAGCCCUCAGCCUGUUCAAAAAUGGGGCACAGAUGAAGUUGCUGCUUGGCUGGAUCUGCUCAGUUUGGGAGAGUACAAAGAAAUCUUCAUCAGCCAUGACAUCCGAGGCUCUGAGCUUUUACAUCUGGAAAGGCGAGAUCUUAAGGACCUGGGGAUAACGAAAGUGGGUCAUAUGAAGCGAAUUCUCCAGGGAAUUAAAGAGCUCAGCAAGAACACCCCUUUGUCUGAAGUGUAAUUAUGCUGGUGCUUUUCUUAAAGAAAGAAGAGAAAGUUUCUGGAGAAGCAAAGCUGUUGCAGGCACUUGGCUGUCCUUGUAGUUUAUGGAAGAAUAAGCACUGGUGUUUGUAUAGGCUAGCAUCUCUGAAUUCUUGUGUGGUGAAGAACUUGCAGCAAGAGUACAAAAGGAUUUGUGCCAAAACAAAAAGGAAAAGGUGAUAUGUUCUGCGAAGAUGUUUUCUUGGUGUGGAAAUUGGCCAGUUUGGAUAAGCCCAGUUUGGUAAAUUGAUCGGUUGGUGGUGAACUGCACUGACUGGAAAAUAUAAUCAAGGAAUGAUUGCUUUGCUUACAUGCAGCUCAGUAUGCCUCUCUUUAUGCUGCAGCAAGAUGCCACUGUACGGCAUGAGGUCAUCUGGUUUUCCUUCCGAGACGUAGCUCUGUAGAACCUCGUGUGCAGGAGACCAGGAGGUUUGGAAGGUUCAACACGUGAGCCUGGCAGUGCCGCAGGUAUCCAGCACUCGCUGGCCAUGCCGAAGAGGGGAGAGAUACCUCGUGAUACCAUGAAUGCAAACUAUAAUGCAUGGUGUGCCUGCCUGAAUUGUCUGUUGUUCUGUUGCAUGACACAUCUGAUACUUUAAACACUUGAACAACUUUUUUAUCGGUUUGAAUGAGAUUUAAUUUAUUGCUACUUGAGUGUCUUUUUUUUUUUCCUCCAGUUUCAGGCACUUUUCUAUUCUUCAGUGUUGUGUUAUGCCUAAAAUGUGUUCUAUGGCAAAGGGUGUGUGGGUGUGGAAACUUAGCAUUUGUGCCAUAUUCAGCAGAUUAUAUAUGAUUGAAACACUGUACAGUUAGAUUUUUAAAUAUAUCAUGUACAGAAGGUUUAUCAGGUAACUAACUUAUGAGAAUUUUUGAAAGACCGGUACCUCACAAAAACAUCAAUUGGCUUCCUGCAUGGAAAAUUAUAAAGAAUCUUCUCAAUGGUGCAUUUUAAUGUAGUUAUUCAGUUAUCUUAAACAGCUGUAGCAUAUUUGAACUUGUAGGCACUAAUGGUUUUAUUUAUUCUAUUGUUCAAAAGCAGAUUUAAAUAUUAAUGACAUUUUCUUAAAGAAAAAUUGAAUUUUAUUUAUCAUACAUAAGAAGAUAUUUAAAAUGUAGCAGCUGAUUUGAUUUUUGUGGGGUAAACUUUUACUUGUUGCUAAUUAACUGUUAAUUUAAAAAUGCAUCUGUGUCCAUUUCUUUAAAAAGGUAUCACUUUGUUUCUUGAUAGCACUCCACCAUCAGUAGACCAUAAAAAUUAAAAAACCCAGAUUAUAAGGUUUUAGGCUAUGCAUGCUAAGAAGAAUCACAUGCAAGACAGUAAUCCAUGAGUGUAAACAGGUUAAAAAAAUUAAAACCAUCUUUGUUUAGGUAUUGCUCCAGACUAGAGUUUGUAAGGUUAUUUACUUAAAGGACUUUAUUAAAUUAAACAGGUUCAUAAUUUAAUUUCCUGGUUAACUUUUCACAAAAGUAUUAAUCUAGCUGAAAAAUAAAUUUUAGGUAUCUGCAAAAAAAAAAAUCCUACCUAAUGUUUGAGAUGAGAUUACUUUGCACCACCUGCCAAAAAACUUGCAGAGAAUUGCUCUCUCCUUUCUGUUUCUAGCAAUUGUCAUUGCAGCACAAGGAACACUUGUCUUUCACUUAAUCAAGUAGCUUUGAUGUUUCUUGCAUACUAAAGAGUAUCUUAACAUCUAUUUAUGUUUUUCUCAUGGGCAGAAGAGUAAGGUUUCAUUUGGUUUUACCAAAUCUUAUUUUCUUGUAUAAAGGGGCUGAUGUCAAGUACUGCAUCCUGGUUUCACCUUCCAUUUCUUAUGCAUAUGACCGGAGUUGUUCCAUGGCGAGUAGAUGGGACUCAUCCCAUGGAAAGUAAAAUCUAUUAUACUCAUUGUUUUAUUGGAGAAAAAAAAUCAAAAUAAUCAAAACAGGCUUAUUUUUUAUCUUUUUGUAGUUAUUUGUGUUCUUGCUGCUGUAGGUUCAACAGGCAGCACUCUGGGAGUUCUGUGAACAUAAUGAUUAUUCUAGUAAACAAACAAAAGUAAAGGGCUCUUUUCUAUUAGGUUUUGCAUAAAAAACAAACCAAAAUGCAUUUGCUAAAUGAUAUGACUUUCAGGAUGUUGUACGAAAAGGAUAUGAAAAAAAUGGAAAGUUAGGCAAACAAUGGAAAGUUUGUUGGUUUUGGUUUUAUUUUAAUGCACUUGACAUUCACCCCUUUAAUGACGUUCAGGUGACAUCUGCCAAGUCUUUGUAAGCUUUAUUUCCUUUUCUCUUUGGUUCUCCAUAAGCUACACUGUCUUUUAACAUGUGGCAGCAUUUUACCAUAUUGACAUUACAGUAGACAACUAAUAGCUAAUCUUCUGGUCUAUUCAAGGACAAAAUACAUAGCAGAACUUUCUUUGCUUUCCUGACUGUAAGAUACAAUCUCUUUACAACUUUCAGCCUUGCUUGAUGUAAUGCAUUAAGAUGGGCUAUGGAACCAGAUCUCUUCAAGACACUGUAGAGAUCUACGCUGAGUAUAUUAAAAAAUGGGAGCUGCUUUUGGGCAGGGAAAAUGGGAAAAUUUUGUUUGUAACACAGCUUUCUUAUGGCACUCCUCAAAUUACCUCAGUAUUGGACAACUGAUCAAUGUUCAUUUUUCUAAAUGACCACCAAAGAAUUUUAACUUUAAUUGUCCUAAGCAGUUUUUUUAAACAUGUGAAUAGGAAAAAACAAAACUGUAAGUAUCAUUUAUGCUGUAUUUAUUAGAUGCCCAGGAGAGUAAAUUUUAUGCAACUCUAUGCCUUAGACUAGUGUUGGCUAUGAAGUGUAAAUGCAUCUGACAAGGAGGCUCAAAAUAUUUUUACAGGCGUUCUCUCUGGAGGUUGUGGGUUGUAGCUGUAUUUAAGUGAUGUGGCUUUUUUGAAGACCUGAACACAUUGUUACUCUCUCAUGGUUAUUCUAAAUACUGGGGCUUUUUCCUUACUGCUGUAAAAGUCCCAUCUCCUAGAACUAAGUAAAUUUUUUUAAUGAACUGUAUUUUCCCUAAUUUAAUCCUGCUGUAAAAAGUGCUUCAAAGCACACAUCCCAAUAUCUCAACAAAACCAAGGUAAACACAUCCCUGAAAGCAGUUAGCUUUUUAGAAAACAAGAUCUGUGGAGCCUGAUUCAACAUGCUGGAUUUAUCAAGACAACCGCUAUACAAAGUUUACUGGAUUAAAUUUUUCCUCCCCAGUCAAAUAUAUGUGAUUUCUGUGGUCAGUAUGCAUCAAAGCCUGAAGGGAGUGCAGAGUAAUCUGCAUUUUUUGUAGUGGCUGGUGUUCAUAUAGAUUAAAUGCUCUACACCUCAGAGAGAGGAACACAUGAGCUGCAUGUUUAAAAUUGCAGCAGGUUGCUAAAUAUAAGUUGCUGUUUUGUCAUUUUCAAAUAGGUUUUUCUCAGUGCACUGUAUUUGAUUGCUGUAGCAACCUCUGAUUUAGGUCAUGCAAGUUUUGCCUUUAUAGAGCCUCAUGACUUCUUUUUAGAAGCUGAAUGAAAUCAAGCCAACUCAUGGUUUUAGGCGUUGGGGAUGUUUUGCAAUACUUCAAAAAAAAAAAGAAGAUUCAAAAAUCAAUUUUUUUAUAAGAUGGUAAGAGAAAAUUUUCUUUGAUACAUUUUUAUGUCUCUCCCCCUAAACACUAUUCUUUUCUCCCGAAUGUCUCUUUCUUUCAAAGAAAAAUGCUUUGAAGUUGAAGAACAGUAAAAUGUAAAGCAUAUGAUUAAGAACCCUCCCAGACUAUUUCAUUCCAGUAUUUCUUGUUUUGGGACUGGAAUUAACAUGCUUGGUCCUGUAAAUAAUAAAUAGAAAUCUUCUUUAUCUCUCUAUCCCUGCCCAAAUUAAUUAAUACUGCAAUGCUGCAUCUCUGUAAUUCAGAGGAGAGGUGUUGAUUUUUUUUCUUCAUAAAUGUCCAUUUUGUAUUUUCCCAUGCUUUUUGUAGAGAAAUAGAUAACCUGCCGAUUUUACUUUUUAAUUGAAAUUGCCCAUGCUAUUAAUGAAAAUUUCAUUAAGCCUUGAUAAUGAACAUUACUUCAAGGGUAAAAUUAUCAGUGUUUGUCAGUGCAUGUGGUCUUCAUUUCAGGAAGGCUGGCAGGAGAUCUUUUUCACAUGUAAUGGAAAAAUAAUAUAUAAAGCAAAUAUGAGAGGAUGUUCCAUAGUCCUACUUUAAAAACAGUUGUAAUAAUGUACUUGCAAGACAAAACCCCCCAUGGUGAUUCCAUUUUGCUUGAUGCUUCCUGCUAAUGAUUGCAUUAGUGGUGUUUACAGCUAUUUCUGCAGUAUUCUCUGUGUGCCCCUAAAUAUUAAGUUCUUGCCUAUGAGUUCAACAGUUCUGGUAAUUAAUAAUUAGCAGUGCAAAAAGUCUUCGUUAAAGGUAAAGUCACAAGGAAUGUAUCUCAUUGAGGAUAACUGAGCUGGAGCAAAUUGUUUAGCUUACAACCAGGAAAUAAUGUUGUCACUUGUAUGAGUAAGUGUGAGCCACAGAAAAUAAAAUUAAAGAAGUAAUUUUAAUUUUUUUUUUCACCCCAAUAACUUAAGUACCCCUCAACUGCAGCAUCCUAUAUACAUCCUAUAUUUAUAACACAGGCUGUCCUGUAUUUUUUAUUCUGUUUUCAUGGAUUGUAUGUUUUGUGGUAUGAUUUUCUUAUCAUCAAGGUUUGAUGCUGCUUAUUCUAACUGCGAGGAUUUAAUGUUUGCAAGAACUGUAUAUGACUGUAUUGCUGUCUUAAGGAACAAGUUUUUGAUGACUUGAAGAAGCUGAGGAGUUUGGACAGGAUUUAAGCUUUGGACAGGACUUAAAAUAUCGCUGCUUUCUCUUCAGAGAUGAAUGGUAGCAUCAUCAGGAUUGAUAAAGCAUCUUUUGUUUCUAUUUGGAUUUUUCUACGGAACCUGCAAACUACAAGACAGGUGGGAGUACAUGCCUCAGAGACUGUACAGAAUUUUUCAUUGAUCUGGUCCUUGAAUAUGUCUAAGAAAAUACCUUCUAAAAUAACUUUUGUAAGAUUUAAUACAGAAUCAUCUAAAAAGAGAUCACCUUUCAUGCCUCUCUCCUCUCCCAAAGAGGGAAUGCAAAGUGGCAGGUGAAUGUGAAGAAGUAUUCAUUGAUAAAUAAAAAGUAGUCCUGUCUGUUUUCUGUACCUACUGAUCUCAUGCAGCUCACCUGUCUCUGCAGAUCUGGUAUGAGACACUUGAAGUACCUUAUCCAAAAGUACCUUAUUGGAGAAAAAAAUGUUACAUAGUAAGUAUGUGGCUUUAAGCUUCUCAUCAAGACUUGGAAGUAUCUUCAGAGCCAGUGUGUUGAAUGACUUUUUAUAUUCCAUGGAUCAAUUAAAAUUAUGAAAAUGUUAAGUGGUAAGGCAAGUCAGACAACUGCUUGACAUUAGAGAAAUCACUUGUCUAGAGGCAGAAGGAACAGUUCUUUAAUAGCACAAGGAGGACAUAUACCAUAAUGCAGCGCUUCCUAAAUCCCUUUCCAGGGUAUCUUUUAAUUACAUAUGCUCAAAGUGUAUUCUUCCUGUAAAAAAAACCAUAUGGCUGUGAAACAGCUAAGUACAUGCAUCCUAAUUUUUUUCAUCUAAGGCUAAAAUACCAUUUUCAAAUAAGAGCUGUCAUGCACUUUGAAAUACAUAUGUUGGGAACAGGUAAGUUUAUAUUUAUCAUAGAUAGUCAUCCCAGGGAUAGUCAGACUUGUAAAAUGAGGUAGUUAUGUCAAGGUUAUCAAAAGCUGAAGAAAUAAUGUAGCAGACACCUUCCUUUACAAGGCUCUUUCUGAAGACAUCUGUGCAAAUGCCCACUACUUCCAGGAGUCUUUUCCUAUAAUUUUGUUUAAGAAAGGAUCAUAUUCAGAUUCCUAUCCUUCCCCUUGCUAAUAAGGCAGGAAGUUUGCACCUUGGUUAAACUUUCUAGGAGUUUGUUGGCUGUAGAAACAGACCUCAAAAGAAUAGACAUUUGAGGCAAUCAGUAGGCUUGCGAAGGAUACACAGGGCUCUGUCUGGGCUUGUUAGUUCAUCUGCUAAUGUGGCUCUGAUCACAGAUUAGUGGGGAAAAGCUCUUAUGGUGCUCCUGCUUCACUUGGUGGCAAGGCUCCAUGGUUGUCAGUGGGGACAGAGGGGCACCCAAGCGAGCAAACACCUUUCCUUUUGCGUGUUGGUUGGCUUUCUGCAAUUCUAAUCAGGGCUGGAGUUCAGGACACAGCUUUGUUUGUCUGCAAGGCCAUGUGAUAUCUGAGGAAAUGAGGAGGAAGUGGCUGAAGGUCUGGAUUCUGCCUUUGGUUUCCUGCCAAUGGAGCUGGUGUAAGACUGGGGGCAGUGUAGUUAACCUUUGAGUGCCUCACUUUCUCCACCCAUGGGAAUAGGGAUGCUCACCACCUCUGUACAGCCCCCUCGAGUCCUGUAGGAGAGCAGUGUUAAGUAAACCGCUGAGUUUUACCCACACUAUUAUAUGUAGUAAAAAUAAAUUACUUCUGUCCAUAACACUGCAAGAAUUGCUUUUCCUAGUUCCAGUUCUUUUUGAUGACCUACUAUGUCCUGGGCAGUCAGUUUUAAAGCUUAGCAAUUGCUCUAAUACUUAGAAUUACACACAUAGCAGGCUCUGUUUGCUGCAGAAAAGAGUAAAACUUCAAACUGCCUGACAAAACUUGCCAAUGAAGUAUAUCUAACAGAGCAGGGGUGUAACUUUUGGCUUUAUUUACUUGUAAUAAUGGUAAGGAACAGUGAAUUUUGUUUGUUUACAUACUGUUUACAAUGGCACAGUUUUAUUUUUAAUAUAUAAAAACAAUUGAGGUAUUUAUUGCAUAUACUAUUUUAAAGAUGUUUUAUGUGUUUUCACCUUUGGAAUAUAUUGUUACAUUUCCUUGUACAGAUAAUUUGGGUGGCUUUGUUAAUAUAGUUAGUAAUUUUUAUGACUACUAAGUGACCAGUUUUCCGUGCCUUUUUAUUGUUGGAUGCAUGAUUACAUAUUUAUUAUUGUAUGGAAGUCACUGAGAUGUGUAUUUUUGUAUUCUGCUGGAAGCAAUGGUUGAUUUUAUUGUACAUGAUAAGAGAUGCCUUCCAUAACAGGCACUCGUAUGAGAUCUUCCUUCUCAA